AUCACUACAUAAGCUACAUAUCUUAAACUGCCAUGGCUAUGCUAAUAACCACCUCUCCCCCAGGGCACUAAUUGUACCUAUUAGAGGCUUAAUUCAUAUGUAGAUAUGUUUCCAAUGCAAACACUUCAACAUGUACAAACUGUGGAAAAUUGUCUCGACUAAAUACUGGUUAACACCAAAACGAGCGGGUUAUGACUUAGGCCAUGCUAUAAAGAUGGAAGUGAUCAACAUAGAUGAGGGCCGCUAUGAGCAGAGAGACCUUUUACCAAGCAGUAGCGGUUCAAACAGCUCUAGCAUUACCGAAAGCAACUACAGCAGUGAGCAAUCAAGCGAUGACCUGGACAAGUCAGAUGAAGAAGACUUGAGAGAAGACCUACAGAAAACUAUUAGAGAAUGCUACAAAUCUGAUUUAAACUUCACAUCACAAUCUAAAAACAUCACAAAUGACGAAGAGUUCCAAGCUACAGCGCUAUGUCAAUUUAUGGAUAUAUUGAAUGACUUAGAUGAAGUUUUAGACAAAUCUCUGCUUGCAUGUCUUGACGAUGGAGCUAAAAAUUAUGAUAGCGAUGAAGGAGACCUUAUUUGUAAGAUUAAAGAGUGCAUUGGGGAUGCUGGACAUUCCGACGAUGCACACUGUUCCAUUGAUGAUAAUGCUCAAGUAGUAACUGCAAGUAUACCUAACCAAGAAGUAAUUUCUAACAUUCCUGAAAGACCUAUUGCGCUCGGUCGCUCUAAAAGCUUUACAGAACUGUCUGGGAAUCAUAGAGAAGUCCCAUUAGAACGUGCAGACACGACAAAUGACAACUUAAGAAGUUCAAUGCGUCGUCUCGACCCAAUAGUACUGCCAGCUAUAUCGGCUGAGGAAUCUGAACCGUUAACAUUACCUGUGAUCUUAUUUUUGGAGCAUCAUGUGAAUUUGAGGCCGACCAGUGCUCCGAUACAGUUACAAGUGACAGCGGCUAAUUUAAGCAGUGACGGGGCUUCAGGGCCUUUGAUAGUUGGUCGUAGGGCUUUGCUUAUGAACCGGGCUUUAAGUCUGCCGUCGCCGGGAGAUAGUGAUGUUACUGGGGACUGGGCGGGGAGGAGCGCGAGGAGUACGGCGCGGAGCUCGAGCUCUUCGAGUGACUCUAGUGAGAGCUUGACCGGGGUCACUGCUGCGGAACAAACUGCUAUUGGUGCCACUGAAGAGAGAAACGAAGAGACUGAAGAGCCGCCGUUCGGCGUGUGGCCACACCGCAUGAGCGCCAUGCUAGCUUGCCUGAGCUGUACCGUCGGCAUAUUCAAUAUCUCCCGCUUCGCAAUAUUCAGCGUCCAUUUCGGAGCUAACUUUAUCAUACAGUUUCUGAUACUGUCACUUUUAAUCGGUAUACCACUAUUCACUCUCCACCUCUGCCUCGGCCAAGUCCUGGAGUCAGGCCCCGUAGACAUGUGGAGGAUAUCACCCAUUUUCCAAGGAGUCGGAGUCUCCAUGCUUAUAAUGCAGACUGUGACGGGCAUAUACAGUAUUAUAGGACUGUCCUGGAUUUUCGUGUACUUCAGAGACUCGUUUAUAACCGCGAAUGAUAGAUAUAAAUGGGCGUUGCCACAUGAGUUUAAUUUUGAAGAUUCCGGAGGAAAAAACGCUAGUUUCAAAAUCCAAGACACAUUACCGCAAUACUUCCAUGCAGAGGUUUUACAAAAGAACCCAGGUUCCAGCGGUCUGGGGACGAUCAAGUUCCAAGUGGCGUUUAACCUGGCUGUCGUUUGGAUGAUUGUGUUCGUGGCGCUUAGUAAAGGACUGCGGUCUUAUGGCAAGGCAGUCUACAUGCUCAUAUUCCUACCAAUGUGCGGCACGCUGGUCCUCUGCACUAAGUUACUGACGCUCAUUCCUUACGACUCUGUUACCAAUAUCUUCUCCGAGACCGACUGGAGUGAAUUCUUCAAAAACGGCCAUAGUUGGACCGCAGCCGCCCAAGAAACCUUCCUAACCUGGGGCCUCCUCGGCGCCUGCGUGAUGCAGCUAACCUCCCACAAGAACGCCAAGACAAAAAGCAGCAAAGUGCUGCAGAAAGAGAGCGCGUGUAUAGUGGCCUUUACGUUCGCCGUGCUACUACUAGCUUCGUUCCUGGCUAAUACGUGCGUGCAGAUACUGAAGAACUAUGGAUAUGCGUAUAUACCGGGGAGCUAUGAAACCGUCGAGUCCACUCAAUUCCUCUGGCCCACCUCUGAACCUCUGCCCGGCAAGGUCGUGUCCUUACCCGUUCGCAACCGCGGUCACUACGCCAGUCUAGUCGGAGUCACUGUAUGGAAGACGGACAACACAGCGAAGCUGACGCUGAGUGGUUGGCAGCCAUUGCAGUUGGCCACGCAAAUUGUACCUGCGACUUUAGCUGUUUUACCAGCGAAUGUGCUCUCACCAGCCUGGGCGGUCAUCUUCUACUUCAUACUCAUCAUGUUCGGAAUAGCGCAGCAACUCGCCAUAUGGCACUGCGUGAUAACCGGCAUCAUGGCUAUCAACGCAUCAGCUUUAAAAGUUUGGGAGACGACCAUCACUUUCCUUAGCUGUGUGGUCGGACUUGCCGUUGGACUUGUGUUCACUACUGACGCGGGUGUCCGUCUGGUCCACUUCAUAGACUACGUGUGGGUCGGUUCGUGGGUGACGUGCGCCGUCCAGGUGGCCCUGACGGUGGGCGUGUUCGUGGUCCGCGGGCGGCCGUACUCCGCCGACAAGGUGGUCACCGCGCUGUACUCCGCGCGUACCAGGACCGAGACCGCUCUGGCCACCUUACUAAGCUUCACUUGGACCGUGGCUUUGCCCGUUCUUCUUUGUGCUCUCAGUGUUAUGGACUUCCGAUGCGGGCAGCAGCGGCAGCUCUACAGCUGGAGGAAACCCGCGGGGUACUGGCCAGUGUGGGCUCGACAGACAGCGGUGGCUUUACAACAAGGAGCUCUACUCUGUGUUCCUGCCGCUGCCUUCGUGCAGACAUGGAGAUAUAUGAGCAAAGGACCGCCUGAUAUUUUAGACGAAUAUGAAGAGUAUAGGAGUGCGAAUAGUGAAUGCUUGGAGGAGCUGCGUAUCCAGAACCUGUACCGUCCGUCUCUCGGCGCCGGAGCAGGCCCGGGCUCCCCCUCCCCGCGCCCCGCGCGCGCCCCGGCCCCCGCGCCCGACCCGCCGCCCAAGUACACGCCGCCGCCCUCCUACUCCACCGCCACCGGCGCGAGGCUGCUCAACACCAUACGCCGCAGCUUCCGCACAUUACGCAGAAUAACCUCCGCCCGCGCGCCAUCCCCCUCACACGACGCGACCGCCCCCAUCACCCUGAGCGAGACGGUCGACCGCGCCUCCCCCCCGCACUACACCCCGCCCACCAUCACUGUCUCACACGAGGCCCACUCUUCCAACUCGCUCUCUCUAACCAGAGACUACCUCCGACGAUCCUUCGUCAGAAAAAGCGACUCGGCCAAAAGUAUACGAUCGAGUUUAAGAAGGAGUUUCAAGUACGGCGGAGGGUUAACCACAAGUCAUGAGCAUUUGGUAAGGGAUGCAGAACCGAUCUCUAAUACAGUGGCUAUGUCCGCUAUGUUGGAGGCAGACGAUCCACCGAAUGUCACUCGCAGCUUGGCAUCUGUUAUAUAAGAACACGUAUGUCUCUGUAUAUUAAAAUGGCUCAAGUUCAAGCUAACUGGUAAUACAAUUUAUGAUGAAAUCGACGAGUCAUGAGCAUUUGGUAAGAGAUGCAGAGCCAAUCUCUAAUACAGUGGCUAUGUCCGCCAUGUUGGAGGCAGACAAUCCGCCGAAUGUCACUCGCAGCUUGGCAUCUGUUA